GUCGUCGCAUGUCCUUUCAAUGGCACCACCACCAAUUCAACUGUUCCUCACCACAAUAGCUUCUCAGCCGGCUCUGAGACAGCGUCAAGAAUACCUGUUGCGGGUCUUGCAGGUCAAGAAGAUCCCGUUCACAUCUUACGACCUCGCAUCAGACGAGGACGCGAAGAAACUCUGGAGAAGAAAGGCACCACUAGACAAGCUGCAACUUCCGGGUCUGCUCGUUGGCGGAAGGUUCCUGGGGACAUUUUCUGACUUUGAAGAAGCCGUCGAAUGUGGCGAGCUGGAGGUCUUCUUGCGACGCAAUGAGUCUUAUGACGAAGAUGAGGAUGCAAAGCCUACACCCCCUGCGAAGCCAGUCGGCGUCCCUGGGGCCUAUUCGCCCUCACAAAUGCAUCCCAAGUACCACCCUUCGCCGUCACCGUCACCUUCACCAUUGAAAGGGAAGAGCAAGGAAGACAAAUCCAAUCUGAUCAAUGCUGGAGAGCAUCUUUCGGAAUUUGGACUUCACGAUGUGGAGGUUUCUAUAGACGAUUUGACGGCGUUGGUUGAGGAACUGGGUCUUGGAAGCGAUGACGCGAAGGACCUCGUAAAGGGACUCGGAACAGACUCAAAGACGACAAACACUAAGGAUAAAGAAGAGAGCGCAAAGGCGCCGACACCUGAUACCUCUGCUCAAGCCAAGGAGACUGUCAAAUCUGAACCUGAAUUGAAGAGUGCGGAUACCAACAAGUCGGAAACAGGGCCCAAGGACAAGGCGAACAACGAAGCAGAGUCAACGGAUACAACGCAGGAGGGGAGGACAGAGAAGAAGGAUGCGGAGAAGGUGGUGGAGAAGGAGACAGAGGAGGCGAAGGAGGAGAUGGCAGAGACUCCAAGCGCAUAGUAUACAUUUAUUAUAUUACUUCUCCUGUUUCGAACAAAGUCAGCUGCAUGGACGGAUUAUUGGAUACAUUAAUUUUGAGACUAUAGCUGGGUUCCGAGACGAAUAUUGCAUGCAUACAGCAAGUUGAAAUACGGGUCC